AUGAGGCAACACAAAUGGUUGGAAUUAGUAAAGGACUAUGACUGUGAAAUCCUUUACCACCAUGAAGAAGCCAAUAGCGUAGCUGGCGCUUUAAGUGGCAAAACGGCAGAAUUAAGCAAUCUGUCGUUUGACAAAUUUGAGCCACCUUUACGGAAGGAUAUCUGUUUGUUGGGAUUGGAGCUAGUUACGGGCAAAUUAGCCGCUUUACAAAUACGACAAUCUAUUUUUGACAAGAUGGCAGAAGCUCAACGUCAAGAUCCCACUCUUGACAAAUAUUGGAAAGAAAUUGAGGAAAGAAAAGAGACGAAAUUCAAAGUAUCUGAUAAGGGAAUUGUCAUAUUUCGAGGAAGAAUUUGUGUUCUAGAAAAUGAAAAUUUUAAGAAACAAAUUCUUUAUGAAGCUCAUUAG